GUAAGCUUUGACAAUGAACGCGAGAACGAGCAUGAAUCCCAUGCUGAGAACUGGGGAGAAAAAGUGACAACAGGCACACUAACACUCCCGAGGAUCGUGCCGCGCCCGAAAAGCAACACCGGCAUAUGGAGCUGGAUCGGCACGGUCGAUCACAAGCGCAUCGGGACGCUGUAUUUCUUCACGUCUAUCUUCUGGUUCAUGAUCGGCGGGGUAGAGGCCCUGAUCAUGCGCCUUCAGCUGUCUUCUUCGGAGUCGGGCCUUGUGUCUCCGGAGGUCUUCAACCAGCUGUUCACGAUGCACGGCACGUUGAUGGUGUUCCUGGUCGUGAUGCCGCUGAGCGCAGCGUUCUUCAACUGGCUCGUUCCCCUGCAGAUUGGCGCGCGCGACGUCGCGUUUCCGCGGUUAAACGCCUUCAGUUACUGGCUCUUCCUGUUCGGGAGCCUGCUGCUCAACACCAGUUGGCUUGUUGGGGACGCUCCGAACGGCGGCUGGUUCGGGUAUGCGCCCAACUCCCAGACGCUGUACAACCCGUCGAACGGCAUGACGUUCUGGGUGAUCAGCCUGGGGGUCCUGGGGGUGGCGUCGAUCGCCGCCGGGCUUAACUUCAUCGUUACGAUAAUCAACCUGCGUGCGCCGGGCAUGACCAUGUUCAAGUUGCCUGUGUUCACCUGGAUGACCUUGAUUACGUCGGUGCUAAUCGUUCUGGCGCUGCCGGUUCUUGCCGUUGCCGGCAUUCAGCUACAGACUGACCGCCUUUUCGGCACGAACUUCUAUAACCCCAUCAACGGAGGCGACCCGGUCCUGUGGCAGCACAUGUUCUGGCUGUUCGGCCAUCCCGAGGUGUACAUACUGAUCCUUCCUGCCAUGGGGAUCGUGUCGGACAUCCUGCCCGUCUUCUCGCGCAAGCCGUUAUUCGGGUAUCCAUUUGUCGUCUUUGCGGGCAUUGUGAUCGCGUUCAUGGGCUGGUUCGUAUGGAGCCACCACAUGUUCACGGUCGGCCUCGGUCCCGCGGCCAACUCGGCAUUUGCCAUAUCGACGAUGGCGAUCGCCAUUCCCACAGGCGUCAAAGUGUUGAACUGGCUUGGGACGACCUGGGGCGGCUCGCUUCGACUUCACACGCCCAUGCUAUUUGCGCUGGGAUUCAUCGCCAUGUUCACGAUAGGCGGACUGAGCGGCAUAAUGCACGCAUCCGCCCCAAGCGACGCCCAGCAGCAGGACACCUACUUCGUUGUUGCCCACUUCCACUACGUCCUGUUCGGAGGGUCAAUACUCGGCAUAUUCGGCGGCAUCUACAUGUGGUGGCCGAAGAUGUCCGGUUGGAAAUUGAGCGAAGGGUUAGGAAAACUCAAUUUCUGGCUGAUGCGGAUCGGCUUCAACCUGACAUUCUUCCCGAUGCACUGGCUGGGCAUGGACGGCAUGCCCCGGCGCGUCUACACCUAUCCAGCCGACCAGGGUUGGGACGGCUCGAACAUGGCGGCGACCAUCGGCGGGUUCCUGAUCGCGUUCAGCGUCCUGGUAUGGGUGAUCAACGUAAUCGUGAGUUGGCGCCGCAAUGAUCGGGCCGGGGCCGACCCGUGGGACGCGCGUACGCUCGAGUGGUCGAUACCGUCCCCUCCGCCCCACUACAACUUUGCCGAGAUUCCGGUGGUUGAACACCGCGACGAUUUCUGGUUCAAGAAGCAUCCGGAGUUGGUCGAAGAGUAUGAAGGCCACCACGGCCCGAGAGGCGCGCCGGGAGGGAGCACAGUUCGACGACGACUUCGAUGA